AUAUCUUUUACUAUGUGAUAUAUUGAUUUCCUAAAGGAAGAUGCUGUCAUUGCAGAGCCUAGCUGUAAAUAGUUUCUAUUUUGGAGAGGGAUCAGACUUAACCGGUGUCCCAACUAAGAUGUUGACAGUGAACUGUUCUUUGAAGAUGAGUGUAUACAAUCCUGCUACAUUUUUCGGCAUUCAUGUUAGUUCUACACCUGUUAAUCUCAUCUAUUUGGAGAUUACAGUUGCAACUGGCCAGUUGACAAAUUACUAUCAACCUAGAAAGAGCCACCGCACGGUAUCUGUGACCAUGGAGGGAAAUAAGGUUCCUCUGUAUGGAGCAGGGGCAAGCUUAGCAGCAGUCUCCAAAAGUAGUGGUGGAGUUCCAUUGAGAUUAGAGUUUGAAAUCCAAUCACGAGGAUAUGUGGUGGGGAAGCUUGUGAGGACAAAGCACCAUAGGCAUAUUUCUUGCCCAGUAGUCGUAGAUUCAAGUAUGAACAACCCCAUCAAAUUCAAACAGGAUUCUUGUACAUAUGACUGA